AUUAUCUAUACAUGUAAUUUUUUAUGAAAAUGUGGCUUCCUUCAGGAACACCCGUUAUGGGUAUUUGAGUUAUUCUGGAAUUUCUUGAUCUUUUUGCAGGUUUUGUGCAAUGAGAAGCCUAAUGGGUUUUCUGGGUAACUCUAUUUUGUUGUGAUGCACAAUGUGAGAGGUGAGUAAGUCUUCAAUCUUGCGUGCGUGUGUGUGUGUGUGUGUGUGAUGAUGGUCGCUGCUGUUUCUGAAACAGCUACAACCACAAACCCAACACAAAAUCCACGAAAUCCCAAAACCUCCUCGCAUGACGAGUCCCAAAACAACCCAAGAAGACCCCCAUUGUUACCCUCUGAGAAAGACAACAAUGGAAUUAACCCCAAAAGACCCAAAUCAAGACAAGUCUCUUCAAGAUACAUGUCCCCUUCGCCUUCUACUUCGAGUUCCUCAGUCUCUUCAUCGUCUACCACUUCCAGAAGAUUCCCAUCUCCUCUAGUUUCAAGAAAUUCGACGCCGGCGUCUAAUACACCGGCUUUGGGGCCUAAACGGUCUGUAUCCGUGGACCGGAGGCGUCCCGUGGCCUCUAGACCACUUACACCAGAUCUUCAUUCGAAACCCGGUAAUGAUGGUGAAAUGUCAGCUGCUACAAAGCUGCUGGUCACUUCUACUAGGAGUUUGUCGGUUUCGUUUCAAGGAGAGGCGUUUUCUCUUCCAAUUAGUAAGACUAAGGCGGCUCCACCUUCACCAAAUUUGAGUAGUGUGAGGAAGGGUACGCCAGAGAGGAGUAGGAGGGGUAGUACCCCAUUGAGAGGGAAGGUUGAGAAAGAAGGAGAUCAGGUGGAGAAUUCGAAGCCAACUGAUCAGCAUCUUUGGCCGGGUAGGACCCGGCAAUCUAAUCCAUUAUCUAGAAGUUUAGAUUGUUCUGGUCAGAGGAGUAAGCUCAUUGGAUCUGGGGAUGUUGUCCGGGUGUUGCAGCGAUCUAUGAUUGAUGAGAGUAGGAGGGUGUCCUUUGAUGGUAGAUUGAGUCUUGAUUUGGGCAAUGCUGACUUGUUCAAGGCAAUUCAACAAGCCCGGGAUGGGAAUUCUGUUCUUGAGUCAUCAGUGCAGUCUGAUGUCACUGCAUCAGAUACAGAGAGUGUUUCUUCUGGUAGUACUUCGGGAGUGCAAGAAAGUGGUGGAGUUUCUCGUGAGCGAAGUGGGCCUCGUGGAAUCAUUGUUUCAGCUAGGUUUUGGCAGGAAACAAAUAGUCGGUUGAGGAGGUUGCAGGAUCCAGGUUCACCGUUAUCCACAAGUCCAGGGUCAAAAAUAGUGGUUCCUCCAAAGCUAAAAAAGUUCCCAACUGAUAGCCUACUAGCAUCGCCUCGAACAAUGUCAUCACCUAUUCGGGGAGGUGUUAGGCCUGCAUCACCAAGCAAGCUUAUGUCAUCCUCUCCAUCGAGGGGAAUGCUUAGUCCAUCUCGGGUCAGAACUACAGUUGCUAGCACCAUUAGUAGUAACAUUAGUGAGACACCUUCAGUUCUUAGUUUUGCUGUGGAUGUUCGGAGGGGGAAGGUUGGGGAGAAUCGUAUUGUUGAUGCACAUCUGUUGAGGCUUUUGUAUAAUCGACAUUUGCAAUGGCGCUUUGUAAAUGCUAGGACAGAAGCAACUUUGUUGGUGCAGAAACACAGUGCGGAGAAAUAUCUGUGGAAUGCAUGGAUAACAAUCUCAGAUCUACGUGAUAUGGUCACCAAAAAAAGACACAGGUUACAAUUGCUGAGGCAAAAGUUGAAGCUGGCUUCUAUACUCAAGAGACAAGUGAACUGUCUAGAAGAUUGGGCUUCCUUGGACAAAGACCACUCUAUGUCUUUGCUAGGAGCAAUUGAAGCAUUGAAGGCUAGCACUCUUCGUCUUCCAGUUGUCGGAGGAGCAAUUGGUGAUAUUCAAAGCUUGAAGGAUGCUGUACGCUCAGCUGUUGAUGUGAUGCAAGCAAUGGCUUCCUCGACAUGUUCGACUUUGUCAAAGGUGGAGGAAGUGAAUUCUUUGGUGACCGAACUUGCAAAAUUCACUACAACAGAGCAGGCUUUGCUUGAACAAUGCAAAGAUUUUCUGUCCAUGUUAGCAGCCAUGCAGAUUAAGAACUGUAGCUUGAGAACACAUAUAUUACAAAAUCAUCGUGUCAACUGCCUGACAACAAGUGUGUAGAACUGACUUCAUUCGACAAUCUACUGUGAAUGCUAACGUUACACAGAUCUUCUCAACCUAACGGAGGUAGCACUGGGGGUUAAUAAGAACUGAUAAAAUGGAUGGUU